AGAAUGCCCUUGUGAGAAACCCCGCACUUUUCACUCUUCCUUUUCCGGUGGACACUCCAUUUGGCAUUGCCUACUUGUUGAUCACCGUAACUCACCGAUCAACCCACGAUGUCUGGAGGUCUAGACGUACUCGCUUUGAAAGAAGACGAUGUCACCAAGUUUUUAGCCAGUGGUGCUCAUCUUGGCUCCACCAAUGUGGACUUCCAGAUGGAGCAGUAUGUUUAUAAACGCAAACCUGAUGGCGUUCACAUCAUCAAUAUCAAGAAGACCUGGGAGAAGAUCCUGCUUGCUGCCCGUGCCAUCGCAGCCAUUGAGAACCCAGCAGAAGUCUGCGUCAUCUCGGCCAGACCCUACGGCCAGAGAGCAGUGCUCAAGUUUGCCUCGGCCACGGGCUCCACCCCUGUAGCUGGCAGGUUUACCCCUGGAACAUUCACUAACCAAAUCCAGGCUGCAUUCCGUGAGCCGCGUCUCCUUGUUGUGACAGACCCACGUACUGACCAUCAGCCAGUCACUGAGGCCUCCUAUGUGAACAUCCCUGUCAUUGCCUUCUGUAACACUGACUCCCCCUUGAGAUAUGUGGAUAUUGCCAUCCCAUGCAACAACAAGGGUCCUCACUCUAUUGGUCUGAUGUGGUGGUUGCUGGCACGUGAAGUCCUGCGUCUGCGUGGCACAAUCAGCCGUGAUGUCCCCUGGGAUGUCAUGGUGGAUCUCUACUUCUACAGGGACCCAGAAGAGGCUGAGAAAGAAGAGCAGGCUGCCCGUGAAGCUGCCGCCACAGCUGCUGCUGCUGCCCUGCCCUCUACUGGGCCAGAGUACAGCCAGGAACAGUGGACUGAUGCCCCCAUCCCUGGGGGAGCCCCCGCUGAGGUGGCUGAUUGGUCCACUGAAGGUGUUCCUGCAGCCCCAGCAGCCAUGUCAGGUGGUUAUGGUGGAACAACAGAGGACUGGUCUGCCACUAAUGAUGAUUGGUCUGCACCCACUCAGUCAGCAGCAGGUACUGCCCCAGCCCCUGAUAACCAGUGGGGAGGGGCUAACACCACUGAGAACUGGGGUUAACAUGGUCUAGUGGACAGUAUGGGGGAACGCUGUGAAGAUUAUUAACUGUCGAGAUUUGGAAAGACUUUAAAGAAGUUCCUUGUUACUGUAAGGACUAUAGAAAAAAUUUAAGUGGACAGAGAAAUAAAGAGAACAAUGAAA